AUGAUUGAACAUAAGGGAGUAGUCAAUACCGUAUUAUCUUUAAACAAUAUAUAUGAUUUUAGUAAGGGAAAUAAAGUAACUGCAUUCACAUCUUAUGUAUUUGAUGUAUCAGUGUCAGAAUUUUUUACUGCAUUAUUCAGAGGUGGAGUACUUUAUUUACUCAAUGAAGAAAUAAGAAUUAAUCCAUUAUUGAUUAGUAAAUAUAUCAUAGAUAAUGAAAUUAAUUAUGUGUAUUUGCCUCCUGUAAUAUUGGCUACUUUACCUAGGAUAGAGUAUAAAACGCUUUUUGGUAUAAUAUAUGCAGGAGAACCAUGCGAUAUAAAUAUCGGUAAAUAUUGGGCAAGUAAUUGCAAGCUGUAUAAUUAUUACGGUCCAACAGAAAUAACAAUAUAUGCAUCUGGUAAACAAAUAAUAGACGGAGAUACAAAUUUAAUAGGUACUCCAAUUACCAAUGCUAAAUGCUAUGUUCUAUCUGCUAACCUUACUCCUCUGCCUAUAGGAGUAAUAGGAGAGUUACAUAUAGGUGGCGUAGGUGUUGCUAGGGGCUAUUUAAACAAACCAGAACUCACAGCAGAAAAAUUCAUCGCCAAUCCUUUUCAAACUACAGAAGAGAAAAAGUCAGGUAGCAAUGCCAAAUUAUAUAAAACUGGAGAUCUGGUACGCUGGCUAGCUGAUGGUAAUUUAGAGUAUAUAGGCCGUAAUGAUUUUCAGGUGAAAAUUAGAGGUUUUCGUAUUGAAUUGGGCGAGAUAGAAAAUGCUUUAAACAGUUAUGAAGGAAUAAAACAGAGUGUGGUACUUGCUACAGAAAAUGCCGACGAUAAGUAUCUAUUAGCUUAUUAUGUUGCAAUUAAUAAACUUGAUGAAAAACAAAUUUUUCAAUAUCUACAGUCUAAAUUGCCAGAUUAUAUGAUACCAAGGCAUUUUAUCUUUCUUGAUAAACUACCUUUAAAUAUUAAUGGUAAACUAGACCGUAAAGCACUGCUUGAGUAUAAAGCGGCAGUGGUAGGGCAGAGUAAUAUUUACGCACCUCCAGCUAAUGCGUACGAAAAAGAGCUAGCAGAAGUAUGGGCUAAAGUACUUGGCAGAGAACGAGUGAGUAUUCAUGAUAAUUUCUUUGAUUUAGGUGGUCAUUCAUUAUUAUUAAUUAAAAUGGUUGCUACGUUACCACAAUAUCUGCAAGAAAAACUCAAACUGAUAGAUGUAUUUAAAUAUCCAACUGUGAACUUACUAAGCAAGUUUCUCAUGAACGAGGAGAGUAAAUUAGCUGAUACUGGAGUAACUAAAAAAAUAAAAACUAACUCAGGAACUGUAAAGGAAGUGGCCAUAAUAGGUAUGGCCGGACGUUUUCCAGGAGCGGAAAACAUAGAGGAAUUUUGGGAAAAUCUAAAAUCAUCCAAAGAAUCCAUUACCUUUUACACUAAAGAAGAAUUGGCAGCAGCAGGAAUAGAUAAAACUCUACUUGAUGACCCAAAUUACGUAAGAGCACAAGGAAAACUGAGUGAUAUCAAAGGUUUCAAUGCUAAUUUUUUUGGCUAUACCGAUAUGGAAGCACAAAUUAUGGAUCCGCAACAUCGUUUAUUCAUUACUUGUGCUUUGGAAGCCCUAGAGAAUGCUGGUUAUAAUCCUCAAGAAUAUAAAGGAAAUAUUGGAAUAUAUGCCGGAUCAGGUACUCCUGUAUAUUGGAUGGAACAUGCUUCUGCCACUGCAGCAACGGAUGAUUUAGCUAGCAGAUUCCAAUUAAUGCUCAAUAACGCCAAUGAUUUUUUAACCACAAGAGUCGCUUAUAAAUUUAACCUUACAGGGCCUGCUAUUAGUGUGCAAACUGCUUGUUCUACUUCACUAGUUGCUGUGCAUCAAGCUUGUGGCGCGUUGCAAUUAGGAGAUUGUGAUAUUGCAUUAGCGGGAGGUGUUUCUUUAACGUUUUUAGAGAAACAAGGUUAUUUGUAUCAACCAGGAAUGAUUUAUUCUCCGGAUGGAAAAUGUCGUGCCUUUGAUGCAGAAGCACAAGGUACUGUUAGUGGCCAGGGGGUAGGAAUAGUAGUGUUAAAGCCACUACAGCAAGCAAUAGCAGAUAAAGAUCAUAUUUAUGCUGUAAUUAAAGCUUCGGCAAUUAAUAAUGAUGGUCAUAACAAGAUAGGCUUUACUGCUCCCAGUUCAGAACAACAAGCAGAGGUUAUAAGAUCAGCACAGGAAAAAGCAGGCAUUAUUGCAGAUAGUGUAACCUAUAUUGAAACUCAUGGGACAGCCACUACUUUAGGAGACCCAAUAGAAAUUGAGGGGUUGAGCAAGGCUUUCAAAUAUAUCACCACGGACAAAAAACAAUAUUGUGCUAUUGGUUCAGUAAAAACCAAUGUUGGACAUUUAGGUACUGCUGCUGGUGUUACUGGUCUGAUUAAAACGGCUCUUUGUCUUUAUCAUAGAACAUUAGUGCCUUCAUUACAUUAUAACAAAGCUAACCCAAAGAUAAACUUUGCUGAUAGUCAUUUUUAUGUGAAUACUGAAACUAAGAAAUGGCAGCCUAAUGCCUUACCACUGCGUGCUGGAGUGAGUUCUUUUGGUAUAGGUGGAACUAAUGCGCAUGUGAUUCUCGAAGAAGCACCGAUAGCAGCUGACAAUCUUAGUGCAGAUAGUACAGAAUUUGCAAUCAAGCCGUGGCAACUAAUUAGCUUAUCUGCUCACACUAGUACUGCUCUUGAUAAGCAAUCAGCUAAUAUAGCAGAUUUUUUAUGCAAACAACCAUUUACUCAUUUAGAGAAGAUGGCCUAUACUUUACAUGUAGGACGUCAGCGACUUAAAUAUAACAGAUUUGUUGUUGCAAGUAGUGCAGAAGACAUUAUCUCAGCACUUGAACAGCCUGAUCAAGCUUACAUUGAGCAAGUAGGUGAGCGGCCAAUUGUUUUUAUGUUUCCAGGUCAAGGUGCUCAGUAUAUUAAUAUGGGUAAGGAACUAUAUGAGGCUGACAGCAAUUUUAAAGAAAAUAUCGAUAAAUGUUUAGCAAUUGUUAAGCAUAAAUUAUAUUAUAAUAUAACACUGGACGAUAUUUUAGGUAGAACCACCAAAAUCAACCAAACAUUUAUCACCCAGCCGGCUUUAUUCAUUAUUGAGUAUGCUUUAGCACAAUAUCUUAUUCAUUUAGGCAUUAAGCCUACUGCAAUGAUCGGGCAUAGCGUAGGUGAGUAUGUUACAGCAUGUUUAGCUGGAGUAUUUUCUCUUGAAGAUGGCAUAGCGUUAAUUAUCGAAAGAGGGCGAUUGUUACAAAGUCUGCCUGAAGGUAAAAUGCUUGCUGUCCCGUUGUCAUAUAAGGAAACGGCGCAGUAUUUACCAGGAUAUGAUUUAGAUAUUGCCGUAAUUAACGACGCAGAAAGUUGCGUGGUAGCCGGUUCCAUAACUGCUAUUGAUAAAUUUAAUGAUCACUUAAAGAACAAGGGAAUAGAUUGUCAGCUGCUUAAGGUAUCACAUGCUUUCCAUUCACGAAUGUUAAAACCAAUUCUACUUAAGUUUUAUAAUGCAGUAAGCCAAAUACAACUAAAACCACCUACUAUACCUUUUAUCUCUAACCUUACUGGCACUUGGGCUGAUACAAACAAGAUUACCACGCCGCAAUAUUGGGUAGAUCACUUACGUAAUACAGUACGUUUCACACAAGGAUUAGAUUGUUUAUUUAAUACUGAGUCCAUAGCAAAUAGUAUAUUCCUAGAAGUAGGACCAAGUCAGAUCCUAACAUCUAUUGCCCGCAAACAUCAAAAGAAACAAUCUAAUUUAGUGAUACCGUCUAUGAGACGUUAUCAUGAAAAUAAAAAUGAUAAUGAAUUAUUGCUUAUCAGUUUAGGUAGUUUAUAUGCAACAGGAAUAAACAUAGACUGGGAGAAGUUUUACAAGGGACCUAAUAAAUGUCGUAUAUCUCUACCUACGUAUCCUUUUGAAAACAAGCCGUACUGGAUUCCUGCUGCAAUGUCAAACACAAUAAUGUUGCAGCAUGAACAAGAGCAAACAGAGGUGACUUACAAUGCUUUAUCGGUAAAAUCUAGCAAUAUAGUAGAAACGAAGAUUUUAACUCCUAUAGAAUCUAUUAUUAUCAGUAUUUGGCAACAAAUAUUGGGUAAUUAUAAUAUCAGUAUUCACGAUGAUUUUUUUGAUUUAGGUGGCAAUUCUUUAAUGAUAGUUCAGCUAGCCAGUAAGUUAAAAAAACAACUAAAUGUCCAAAUAGAUUUAGCCAGUAUAGAAAAACUAACUAUUCAUGCCUUAGCAAUCGUAAUAGAAGAUAAAAGAAUACAGGAUCAUGGAGUGGCUAAGCAUACACAUAAUCCUAACGUUAUAAUGCUUAAACAUGGCAAUCAAACCAAACUACUACCACUAGUUUUAAUCCAUCCUAUUGGAGGAGAUGUAUAUUUCUACCGAGAUUUAGCUAUGGGAUUGGCUGCUGAACAAACGGUAUAUGCAAUACGUUCUCCAAUGUUAUCAGGACAAGCAGCAUAUAAUAGUAUUGAAGAAAUGGCUGAGGAUUAUUUGCAAGAAUUAAAGAAGUUCGGCAUCGAAUCCCCAUAUAUACUGGGUGGAUCAUCAUUUGGUGGAAUUGUAGCUUAUCAGAUGGCUCAAAUUCUUCAUCAUAAAGCUCUAGACACUCCUACGGUAAUAUUAAUUGAUGCUCCCGCUUACGAAAAUAUGCCUAAAACAAUGGAGGAUAGUGCUGCUAUUUUAGAAUAUGUUUCCAAAUAUGUAUUAAACAACAAUAAAAUCUCAGCAAUAAAGUUACGUAGCGUGGGUGAUACCAAUGCUCAAAUCCAAUAUGCCAUAGAGCAGUCUAAUGGCGGGGGAUUAGACAUAGAUGCUUUAACAGAAAUUAACGUUAAUUUUCUGAAGGUUUGGCAAGUAAAUGCCAAGAUUAUGGUACAAUAUGUACCUUCUCCUUAUCAAGGAGCAAUAGUUUUUUUCUCUCCUACCGAAGUAAUGCUCGAAAUUCCUACAAAUCAACGUUUACAUUGGAUUAAAUUAGCUGUGGGAGAUUUUAAAAGUUUUCAUAUACCAGGAAACCAUAUCACGAUGAACUUUAAACCAAAUAUAAACAUUGUAAAUGAACAUAUAAGAAGGAUUAUUGAACAUGAAACUUAUAGAAAGUUAAAUAAAACCUUGUUACUUAAUUAA